CUGGUUUCAGACUGAGCAAGCAAUGCGCAUGGUGCAAGCUGGGUGCAAGCUGCGCUAGCCUGAGCGGCAGAGGUGGCAGAGAAAGUCGCAAGAUGUCUUCCUCUUACGCUGCUUCUCUUCGCAGUGUGCAAGCCUUUGACUUUUCGAGGGGCGCUUCCGUCAGCAGAUCAGAGCAGCUCAGGAAUGGGGCCGCCAGGAUUCAAGUACUGCAACAAAGACAUGGCUUUUGCAGGGGCAACUUCGGAGCUCUACUCCCCGGGGGCAGCUUUCAGGCAGGCAGCAUUGGUCAACAGCAGUUUGUCUGUCCUCAGCUAGAGAAGCUGCAGCGUCGCAAGCAACCUGGCAGAAGGAGACAGCCAGUAAGGCACAAAGCAGUGGCAAAGGAAGGAGCCUCCUCCCCGCCGUACAAUGUGGUCAUCACAGGCUCGUCAAAAGGCAUCGGCCUUGCGCUCGCAAAGCAGUUCCUGGCCGCCGGCGAUCGGGUCUGUUUGUGCGCUCGGGACACUUCGCAAUUGGAGGCGCAGUGUAAGGAGUUUGAGAAAGAGUACCCAGGGCAAACGCUGGCGUGGGCAACGGACGUUACAAAAGCUGCGGAAGUGGCCGAUCUGGCAAACUUCGCGAAACAAGCGAUGGGACACGUGGACGUGUGGAUUAACAAUGCGGGGACAAAUGCGUACACGUACAAGCCCCUGGUAGAGAACAGCGAUGAGGACAUUGAACAGAUUGUUGCAACUAACACACUGGGAGUGAUGCUGUGCUGUCGACAAGCCAUAAAGCUGAUGCAAAAGCAGGGCUCCCGAGGCCACAUCUUCAACAUGGACGGCGCAGGCGCGGAUGGAAACCCGACCCCAAGAUUCGCCGCCUAUGGGGCGACCAAGCGGGGCCUGGCCCAGUUCACCAAGUCGCUGCAAGCCGAGUUGAAAUUACUAGAGAUCUCAAACGUCACAGUACAUAAUCUCUCCCCCGGGAUGGUCACCACCGACCUGCUCAUGGCUGGCGCCGACAGGCAACAAGCCCGGUUCUUCAUCAACGCCCUCGCGGAGCCCCCAGACGUGGUGGCCGACUUUCUGGUCCCGCGGAUACGCGCUACAGUGGCGAACGCCGACGGCAAGAGCAAGUACAUCCGCUUCCUCACGUCGCCCAAGGCGUACUCGCAAAUUCUGGCGAGGUUGCUCUUCAAGAGUAGAAAAGACCGCUACGUGAAAGAGUCGGACAGCUGACGAGCCGCUUCACUUUGAAGGAGGGGUGCCUCCAAGUGGGCAUGGACCUCUGCCCAAGUAUAAGCAACGCAGGCGGAUGGCAGUGGGUUUUGUCAAAGUCGUCUGUGGGAGCUCACUCGACUCGAAGCACCGAGUAUCAAGUGAUAUUGCGUGACGAGUUGGCUAUGUACACCAGUUGAGAUAUACAAGCCCCAAACUUGCCAAAGGGCAUGUACACCCAUUUCGGAGUCGCACCCCAAUGACUUUA